AUGGCCUCGGUGGUGGAGUACAAGGGGCUCAGGGCCGGCUACCACUGCGGCUACUGCGACUCCGCGGCGGGCAAGGCGUCCUGCGGCAUGUGGGCGCAUUCCAUGACAGUGCAGGACUACCAGGACCUGAUCGACCGAGGAUGGCGGAGAAGUGGGAGAUACGUGUACAAGCCUGUGAUGAAUAAAACAUGUUGUCCUCAAUACACUAUAAGGUGCCAAGCUUUACAGUUUCAGCCAUCAAAAUCUCACAAGAAGGUUUUGAAAAAAAUGUUGAAAUUUCUGGCUAAAGGGGAAAUUUCCAAAGGAAGUUGUGAGGAUGAGCCUAUGGAGCCCAGCAUGGAGGAUGCUGUUGCCGGGGACAUGGCACUCAUCAAUAGAUUGGAUCUACAAUGUGACCUUAAACAGCUCGGCGAUAACCUCAAAGACAGCUUAGAGAGGGAAGUGAAGAAGAAAGGAAAAAGCACAAAGAAAGAGGAAUCUAAGGAAUGUAUUCAGUCCCAGGACAGGAACGAGGAGCAGGGCUCUGGGGAACCGUCCCAUGCGGUGGAAGUGCACACCGUUCCUAAGCCAGGCAAAGGGGCAGAUUUGAGCAAACCUCCAUGUCGGAAAGCAAAGGAAAUCCGGAAGGAGAGGAAGAGGUUAAAGCUCAUGCAGCAGAGCCAGGCUGAAGAGCCUGGCAGCUUCCAGGCUCCACGAGAACCAAAGACCAAACCCAACCAGCCCAAAUCGCUGGAAGAGUUAAUUUUUGAAUCUUUACCAGAGGAUGCGUCACAUAAGUUAGAGGUGAGGUUAGUGCCUGUCUCCUUUGAGGACCCAGAGUUCAAGUCGUCCCUCAGCCAGUCGUUUUCUUUGUAUGUCAAGUAUCAAAUGGCCAUACACCAGGAUCCGCCCGAGGAGUGUGGGAAGACCGAGUUCACAGGAUUCCUUUGCACCUCACCGUUGGAGCCAGAGAAUCCCCCAAAUGGACCCGACUGUGGCUAUGGCUCCUUUCACCAGCAGUACUGGCUGGACGGGAAGAUCAUCGCAGUGGGGGUGAUUGACAUCCUUCCCUACUGUGUGUCGUCUGUGUAUUUGUACUAUGAUCCUGAUUAUUCGUUUCUGUCCUUGGGUGUCUACUCGGCACUACGAGAAAUUGCUUUCACUAGGCAACUUCAUGAAAAAGCACCUCAGCUCAGCUAUUAUUAUAUGGGUUUCUACAUUCAUUCAUGUCCCAAGAUGAAAUAUAAGGGUCAUUACAGACCUUCUGACUUGCUGUGUCCUGAGACCUACGUGUGGGUGCCCAUCGAGCAGUGCCUGCCUUCCCUGGAGAACUCCAAGUACUGCCGUUUCAACCAGGACCCCGAAGCAGCGGAUGAAGGUGGCAGCACGGACCCCGACCGGCUGCAGGUGCUGUACAAGAAGUCCAUCCUGCCGUACGGCGUGUUCAAGCGGCAGCAGCGGGAGCCGGGCGAGGAGGCCUCCGUGCUGCAGUACGCCCGCCUCGUGGGCCAGGCCUGCUCGGAGCGGAUGCUGCUCUUCCGCAGCUGA